AUGGUUUUUGAAAUUCGGAACAAAGUCGCUCUCAUAACUGGCGGAGCUAACGGUUUGGGAUUCAAUUUUGCAAAAGCGUUACUUUCCAAAGGAUUGAAGGGCGUCACUUUGGUCGAUAUUAAAGAAAACGAUGGGAUAUUAGUGGAAAAAGAACUUAACGAGAUCUACGGCAAGGACAAAGUCUUAUUCGUAAAAUGCGACAUUGCAAAUUACGCCGAAUUCGAAGAGGCUUUCAAGAGGACAAUAAAAAAAUAUAACCAAUUGGACAUCCUCGCUAACAACGCCGGCAUCGGAUCCGACCGCAUAUGGAGAAAAGAAAUAGACGUUAAUAUCAUCGGCACUAUCAACGGAUUCAUAUUGGGAAUGGAUCACUACCUGAACAAAUACAAGAGCACCGACGAAGGGGUUAUCAUAGCUACCUCUUCUACUGCGGGUUUAGGAGGUUACGCUCCCUGGCCGGUUUAUUCAGCCACGAAAUUCGCAAUAACAGGUAUGGUAAAAUCCUGGGGAUGCCAGUUCCACUACCAGCGCACCGGCGUCAGGGUGGUAGAAGUGUGCCCUUCUGCCACCGCGACGAACAUGUUGAACACCGAAGCUAAUUUCUUGAGCCCUGUGUACGAGGGUUCGAUGGAGACCAUCAAAAGCGAGGUGGAGCACGUGCAAAAGCCAGAACACGUGGCUGAGGAAAUGGUGAAGAUCGUGAAAGAUGCUCCAAACGGGUCUAUUUGGGUGGUGGAAGCUGGGGAACCUGCAUUUGAAUUUUCUUUACCAAAACGAGAGAUUUUCAAAAAGGAAUAAAUUUGUUUAUUUAUUGAGCUGUAAAUUAAUUUCCUUAAUACUAGAUGCAAUAAUACAUUUUUUAAUAAAAAAUACUUUUAAUUUUA